UCAAAAGUAAUGAUGUCAACGACAUUGGAACGCUGCCCUGGACAAUAUUGUGGUCGUGUCGAAUUGGAAGAUGGCUGGAGUGAAUGCGGCCCCUGUCCACGGGGUUAUCGUGUAAAUGCCAGCUACGCUUGCACCCAAUGCGAAGAUGAACUGGAUUCAUAUUCAUGGUUUUAUAUGGGUUUUAUGGCUAUGUUGCCGCUGAUGAUGCAUUGUUUCUUUAUUGAUUUGGAUGCUAAGGAUCGGAAAUUCUCUCGUAAACAAUUGAUUUUGACAUCUUGCGCCAUUGUGGAGGUCACCAUUUCGGCAAUUGUUUCCAUACUCUUAAUGGAGCCCAUGGGUGAAUUUCGUCUAUUUUCUUGUCCUGUGCGUAAAUUUUCCGAUUGGUAUACUCUAUUUUAUAAUCCAACGCCGAACUAUGAGAAAACUCUGCAUUGUACCCAGGAGGCUGUAUAUCCAUUGCAAACUAUUGUAUUGGUCUUCUAUUUCCUGUGUCUCGUGACCAUGUUUAUUAUAAGACCCAUAGUUAGUGCUGUCUUGGAUGUGAGAGGCAAGGCACCAAUAUAUGCAGCCUUAUAUUUCUUGCCUUUGAUAACUUUUGUUCAUGCAUUGGCAUGCGGUUUGAUAUAUUAUGCCUUUCCUUACAUGAGCAUUGCUAUGUCCAUGAUCUCAAAUGCUAUACAUUAUUCAAUGAAAUUGGAUCAAUCUUUUAAAGCAUUGGUUAAAUCAUCAUUUAUGGAAAUCAAGAAUUUUGUGAUUAUUUGUAUCCAAUGGUUAUUGUUGGCCUAUGGUAUUAUUGCAUUGGGUCAUCACUAUGCUCUAUUGUCGCUAGUACCAUUCCCCUCAAUAUUCUAUAUAUUGACUGUGCGUUUUACAGAUCCAGCAGAAUUUAGAGAAGUAGAGUCUCGUAGCAGUUAAGCAAUACAAAGGGGUAAAUUAAAA